CUCGGGGAGGGAGGAGGAGUCCUCGGCCGGCGAGGAGGCGCGCUUGGCCGGCCUCUCUCUCCAUGGAUCCUCCGCUGCUGCUGCAUCUGCGCGAGUUCCAGGCGCUGGUGGAUCGCGCGGGCGGCCGGGGGCGGCUGCUGCUGGUGGGCGAGGCGCGCGAGGGCGACCCGGCGCCGCGGGCGCUGCUGGAGACCUUCGCCCGGGACCUCUUCGCCGAGCCGGAGCCGCGCAAGGAGCAGGAGGCGGAGGCGGCGGCGAGGGCGCAGCCGGAUCCAGAUCCUCCCGGAGGGGCGCGCAGGGUCCGCGUGCGCGUCGGCGGCAGAGGCUCGGCGGCGCGCUCGUGCCCGCCGUGCGCGCUGCUCUUCGUGCUCUUCCGCGAGGCAUCGCUCGCGCCUUUGCCGCCGCCGCACGCGCGCCGGGAGCGGCUCCGCCUGCGCGAGAUCCUCUGCGACGUGCGCAGCCAGCUGCCCUCGGCGGCGCUCCCGGGCGUGGUGGGCGUGGUGGUGCUGGGGAGCGGGGGGCCCCCCGGCGAAGGUGAGGGCGCCCGGCUGCAGCUCGACGCGCUGCUCCGGCAAGUCUUCCGACGGAGGCGCCCGGCAGAGCACGACACCCUGCAAGCCGCCCCCUACAGCCCCGGAGCCGGUCAGGGGGCUGCCGAAGCCCGCGCCGCCGCCUGCCGGGCGCUGAGAGCCGCCCUGAAGCUCCGAGCAGAAGGGGCAGAAGCCAAGAAGCAGAGGAUCCCAGCCUUCCUGCAGUGCAUCCCCUGGGCUCGAAGGAGUCGGCGGAAGGAGGGGCAUCCGGACGCAGCCCCCAGCAACUUCAGCGAAGAUGCCUUGCAAGACCCGGAAGAAGGUGUGUCUUUGACCAACAUGGAGCCCAACGGGAACUGCGAAGAGGCCUGUGGAGCCGUAGCCACUUAAGAAGUCCUGGAGGAACCUUCUCUUUGCUGCUAUAUCGGACUGAAGGAGCUGCCCUUUAUUUGCCUUGUAGGAAAAGCAUCAAGCACACUCUUUGUGGGGGGGAGGGAGCAUGGUGUUGGCUCUUUUAAAGGAGCUACGUCGCCUUUGUUUGAUCCCAAUAAACUUUGUAGCAGAAGCCCAGAAGCAGCUUUGCUUGGCCUCAGCCAAGUGAAGAUGGGGGACCUCCUCAGCCUGAAGAAUUACAUGGGAACUACAUCAAAUCCUUGAGGUUCCCACUCAAAAGGCUGUGUCAUUUUCAUGGAAAGUAGCAGACAUUGUCCUCUAGUCAGUGAGCAUAUUGCUAUUACCGACUGUGGCUUCUCAUUUAUUGGGUAAUUGUUUUAAUUGCCUUAUUAGGGAAAUAACUGCCUUCAAAUGUGAAAUGUAUGGUGAGGAAGUAUUUAUGGGCUGAGAAUUUAUUAUGCUUGGGAGGAAAAAGAGGAACGACUCUGGUGCUGCUUUUUUUUAAAAAGCCAAAAAACCUCUCCCUGAUUUCCAGCUUGAACUGUGUUUGCCAUCGCAAAGAGGAUGGGACAAGAUUCUCAGUGGAAUAUGUAGAAAUCUGGGCAGGUGUUGCUUGCCUCUUCUCUGUGGUUGUGAGAACAGUUGUAAUGUAUUCUGGAUCUAGUACUGUUAGAGUCCAAAGUACAUUUGCAUUAAACGGAGCCCAACGUAUAUAUUUUGCAUCUGCUCUCAUCCUAGGAGAGCGUUCCUAGAAGUGUUCCUUUUUGGGUCUGUCCUCCUGUUCUCUUGUCCUACAGUUGUCCUACAAUUCUCCUAAACCAUGGUGUUUCUAGGGACUGGCCUGCAGGGGCAGGAAAUAGUAGUAGAGUUUAGGCAAAAAAACCCCCCAAUGUUCACAAGAAUGUGAUGGAGCCCCCAAAAUCUGGCACCCAUGAAAUGCCCGAGAAUCUUGUUUCUACUGGAAGAAAAUAGUUGCCCUCUUCUGCACAAAGCAGUUCCAUUAGAAAGCUUUGCUGGGCUUUGUUUUGCACUGGAAACAUUGACUGUCUUUAGAAAGGCCUUGUUGCUGCAGGCUUCUGUAACUGGUGCCUUUUCCGAUGUGUGGGGUCCAGAGCUAAUUGGUAAAAGCACAGCACAGGAGGCGAGAGGAAAUAAUCAAUUAUUUUUGCCAAUGAAGCUGCUUGACGUGCUUUACUUGCGACCGUUAUUCCAGAAGGCAGUGCUUCUUCUCCUGGCCUAACAUUUCAAAAUACUCUAUUCACUGUGAACUGUUUGUACUAUAGACAUGUGGGUGGUUUUUUU